ACGUGCGCGCUAGCCGAGCACCGCUGCGGUCAGUGCCGCCGUACCUACCGCGUUUCGUUUGCUGCGGCCGACGCUCCGUCUCCACCGUCCGGUCUUGUUUACCCGUUCGCGCCCACCCGUUUGACCGGAUCAUACCGGUGUUUCCGAACGGUACCCGAGUGCCCGGCUGUUGAGCCCGCACCGAUGGACGUGAUCCAAGUGGAUUCUGGCGGCGAUGAACGGCUCGACUUCCUCGCAGGAGACAAGAAGGACCCGGACAAACGUCGCAUCGUGUACCGGGUCGACCAGAGGCCCCCCGUGUGCCUGACACUGUUGUUGGCCCUACAGAACGCAGUGACUACCGUUGGCGGGAUAGUCUUCGUAGCCAACGUGUUGGCUCCGGCACUUUGCAUAUUACCGGAAGACCCGGCUCGGGCGUACUUGCUGUCCACGGCCAUCAUGGUGGCCGGUAUCAGCACGUUGCUUCAAACCAUUUUGGGUGUCAGGCUUCCAAUCAUGCAGUCCAGUGGUUUCGUAUACAUAUCGUUCACGCUUCCAAUACUAAACCUUGAGCAAUGGCAGUGUUAUAGUGAAGUCGAUCUGUAUUCAAUGGGCCCCGAAAAGCGGACCCUGGAAUGGCAACUCCGCGUCCGGUACAUCCAAGGCGCCAUAAUUUCCGUCGGUAUCGUUCAAAUGUUGUUGGGCUACAGUGGGUUCGUCGGAAAAUCGUUGAAAUACAUUACACCCCUGACCGUGGUGCCGACCAUGUGCAUCAUAGGACUGACAGUCAUCGAAAGAGGAGUAUCCCUCAUGUCGGGAAAUUGGUCAACCGCUCUAAUAACAAUACUUUUUCUAACGUUCUUCUCCCAGUACUUGCGCAAGGUUGCCAUCCCCCUUCCGUUUUAUUCGUCUUCGAAAGGACUAUUCCAGGUGCGAUUGAAAAUAUUUGCAUUGUUUUCGAUUCUGCUCAGUGUGGGUAUUAUGUGGAUAGCGUGUGUUUAUAUGACUUCCAAUAACAAUUUAUUACCGACGGAUCCUGCGAACACAGAUUCAAAGUCCGGAGUGUUCCAUAACUCACAAAUAUUCCGUUUACCUUACCCUUUUCAAUGGGGAUGGCCGAAAUUUAGUUUGACUUCAAUAAUGGCCAUGUUACCUGCACUUUUUAUUAGCAUAGUCGAAUCCGUUGGAAAUUUUUACACGUGCGCAAAAAUUGCCAAUCUCAAAACGCCUCCCGCGAAUGUGGUGAAUCGUGGUAUCGGUGUUCAAGGUAUCAGUUCAAUUCUGGCCGGUUUUCUGGGCAUAGGAUCCGGGGUCGGCGUGUCCAGUGAAAACGUGGGCAAUAUCGGCAUCACUCAGGUGUGCAGUAGAAACGUGAUCGUGUAUGCUGCCUGUUUAAUGAUUUUAAUUUCGCCGUUUACCAAACUAAUAGCACUGUUGGUCACGUUGCCAGAUCCAGUGCUCGGUGCAGUGACGUCGGUAUUACUCGUGCUGAUCACAGCUGUAGCUCUGUCAAAUCUACAGUUUAUAAAUCUCAACUCGAUAAGAAACAUGUAUAUUCUUGGUAUGUCCAUGUUUUUCGGAUUGACGCUUCCGAAGUACUUUUUAAGUGUUUCGGUAAACAAUAGUCUCAUCAACACAAAGUAUGAAAUGAUGAACAAUAUCAUCUCCGUGUACUUAUCCUCCGGAAUGUUGAUCGGCGGAUUAAUCGGUUUCGUUUUAGAUAAUACUAUACCAGACGAUGAAGACCAAAAAUUAAAUGGUGACGCAUACCAAGCAGCUGACAACAAAGUGAAAAAGUCCAUCGAUAAUGAAAACGAUCAAAUAUAUAGUAUUUCGGAUAGACUCUACGAAAAAAUAAAUUAUUUAUUAACAUUUUUUGUCUAAUACAACUCAGUGUUAUUUUAUUAUACAUGAGUCUAUAGCCAUGUAACUAUAUUUGAUAGACUGAACAAAAUUAUUAUAAGAAUUUUAUACUUAACUAUGAAUACCUACGUUAUGAUUGUUUAAUAUUUUAUUUUUGUAUAGUUUAUAAUUGUAUUGAACCAUCUGUUUUAUAGUAUUACAAAUAUCGACAUAUUUUCUCAUUUUGUUUUUGUGAGUCGGACAAAUUCUAUUACUUAUUUGUAAUGGU